CAAGAGCAGCACUCGCAGAGCAGAGCCCUCGCUCCGAAGGCUGAAGUUGCGUGAACAGGCCACCCCCCAGCAGCAGCAAGGCCCCGCCGAAGGCACCCGGCACCCGCCAUGGACAACGCGGACGACGUCGUGGAGAUGCCGGCGCUGGGACGCCCCUUCCAGCUGGGCAUGCUGUACGACUGCCGCAAGGACAUCCUCGUCCCAGGCAUUUCUCUGUGGGAUCUGGACACAAUCCAGAAGAACGCAGAUGCAAAGCCACAGUGCAGGUCAGAGUUUAAGAUCAUCACAUCUGACUCCAUGGAGGACAAGGCCUCUGCCCUUGGUAUCGAGGCAUCCCUGCAAGUCAGCUUGCUCUGCGGCAUGGCAAACGUGAGCGGCUCAGCAGAGUAUUUAAGGGACAACAAGAGCUCCAGGCGCCAGGCCCGUGUCACCCUCCAGUACUUGAGCACAACGCAGUUCAAGCAGCUGAUGAUGAACCAGCUGGGGCGGCAAAACCUCUCUCGCCCUGAUGUGUUUGACCAAGGCACAGCCACCCACAUGGUCACGGCUGUGCUAUACGGGGCACAGGCUUUCUUUGUGUUUGAUCGGGAAGUUUCCGAAAAUGAAAACGUUCAAGAAAUACAGGGGAGGCUGGAGCUCGUUAUUGCUAAAAAACUACAGGUCAAACCAGAUGGUAAAGGAUCGGGCAAAAUGGAUGAAAAAGACAAAUCAUUCACUGAAAAAUUUAGCUGCCAGUUUUAUGGUGACUUUGCUCUUAAGAGCAACCCAGUUACCUAUGAAGACGCCAUGCAAGUUUACGCUGCCCUCCCCGAGAUGCUGGGAGCAAACGGGGAGAAGGCCGUGCCUGUGAAAGUCUGGCUGUACCCCCUGACCAAGCUGGACUCCAAAGCGGCGCGCCUGGUCCGCGAGAUCAGCUUAGCACUGGUCUUUAAUGCCCAGGAUGCCUUGGAGCGACUGGCGGAGCUGGACAUGUGUUGCAAUGACAUGCUGAUAGACCCCGUGGCCACCAGCUUCCCCGAAAUCAAGAGGAAACUGCAGCAGUUCAAGGAUCUCUGCAAGCAGCACCGACUGGCUUUCCAGAAAGAACUGGCCGCGAUCUUACCCUCCAUCCGCGGAGGGGAAAAAGAGGAACGACUCCUGAACGAUAUUUUAACUUGCUAUCAGCAGUCCCCCUUCAACAUCAGACAGCUCAAGGAGUUCCUGGAUAAAAAGGAGCAGGAAAUGACCUUCCUGAAAUCCCACCUUUCUCUCCUCAAGGACGUGCCAGUUGUGUCCUCCCAGAACCAGCUGGAUAAAAUUGUACUUGACCCCAUGAAUCAGUUUGUCAUUUCCUUUACAUUCACAAGCUUACAUGAAGAGGAGCCCUAUCUGUCCAGUUUGAAGCUCUGGCUUCAGCCCAAAUCGACUGCGAACACUCAGGAUUUGGCAUCAGCCAGUUCCAAGACAAAAGCCAAAGUGUGGUUUGAAGACAAAGCGGUGAAGCAACGUGCCCGCAAAGCAGCAAAAGCUCUCUCAGAUUUUGCCCGGGUCAACAAAUCUAGUGAGAAGAUUCGAUUUGUUACGUCCUCCAUCUUAGACAAGACCAAUCCAGGAGCAUCAAUUUAUCUGUAUGAGGACGGAGAGCUGGUCAGCACCGACUUUGAGCCUCCUCCAAAGCCUCCUUGUCCCACAGCAGACAAGAUUAAACAUGACAGCGUGCAACUCACGUUCAAACCAUACAACUACAGAAAGGCUGCAGUAAUCCGCUACUGGGUGGAGUACAGGCUAGCUGGGCAGGAGAGCUGGAUCGGCCGGGAAACAACAGACACACAGGGGACAUUCACUGUCACAGGACUGCACGCCAACACCGAGUACCAGUUCCGGUACGCUGCAGUGAGCAGGCUAGGGUGGAGCAUGAGCAGUGACAGCACUAACACCGUGAAGACACUUCCCACCAGCCCCCCUACGCAGCUUGUCCCCACUGCUACACACUCAUCUGCCAUCACCCUCUUCUGGAAGGCACCAGCCGUUGUUGGACGAGGUGCCUACAUAAGGGAGUACCGGGUGGAGUACAAAGAGGAGGCAGGAGAUCCAAGUCACCGGGGAGAGGGGAAAUGGAAAAAGCAACCGACAGGCAAGAAAGUAGAGAGCUUUACAGUUAGGGGCCUGAAGCGUCUGACGCUCUACAGCUUCCGCGUGUCGGCUCUGUGUGCAGACGCGGCUGGCAGCGACCCCAGUGAAGAAGUGUCCAGUACAACAGCAGCAAAAGGUUCGGAGGCAUUAUCUCAGGUGUUCCUCCAGAAAAGCUCUCUAGUAGAAAACGGGCAGCCUGCAGUUUAUACCCUGCCCCUAGAGAAGGUAGAGAAGAGUUCUGAAUGCCCUUAUUUGAAAUACGUGCUGGGAGCGGAGAACCUGCUGGCUCCUACGAAGGUCAUCAUGGUGGUAGGAGCCACAGGGUCCGGGAAGACCACCCUCAUCAACGGCAUGAUCAACUACAUCCUGGGAGUGCAGUGGGAGGACAACUUCAGGUUCAAACUGAUCCAUGAAACCACAAACAGAAGCCAAGCUGAGAGUCAGACAUCAGAAGUGACGGCCUACGAAGUGAAUUUCAGGAAAGGUUUCAGAGUUCCCUACAACCUGACCCUAAUAGACACCCCCGGAUUCGGUGAUACCAGGGGAAUAGAGCAUGACAAACUGAUAACACAGCAGAUCCGGGAUGCCUUCUCCGCCCCAGGGGGCACUGACAAAAUAGACACCAUCUGCAUCGUUGUUCAAGCCUCGCUCGCCCGCUUGACGCAUACCCAGAAAUACGUGUUCGAUUCCGUGCUCUCCAUCUUUGGGAAGGAUGUAAGAGACAACAUCCAAAUCCUGGUCACCUUUGCAGAUGGGCAGACCCCGCCUGUGCUAGAAGCUAUUAAAACUGCUGAGGUGCCUUAUGCCAAAGACGCCAAGGGGAACCCUGUGCAUUUCAAAUUCAACAAUUCCUCCCUGUUUGUCUGCAGUGCUGGAGCAGAUGACAGCAGCUCUCACUUCGAUGCAAUGUUCUGGGAAAUGGGGGCCAUAAGCAUGCAGAAGUUUUUCCAGUCUCUAAGCAACAUGGAGAGCAGAAGUCUAAAGCUGACAAAGGAAGUCCUCCAAGAGCGGAGGCAACUCGAGGUGGCUGUGGAAGGGCUGCAGCCACAAAUCGAAGUGGCACUGAAAAAGCUAGAGGAGCUGAGGAAAACUCAAGAAGCUCUGGUGCACCACAAAGAUGAGAUGGAGGCCAAUAAGGACUUCGAAUACGAGGUAGAUAAAGUUAUACCUGUACAGAAGAUCAUCUCUGGGACUGGGCAAUACACAACAAACUGCCAAAAUUGUCACUGCACUUGUCAUUAUCCGUGCACCAUCCCGGACGAUAGCCACAAGUAUGCCUGUAUAGCAAUAGACAAGACCUCACUCCGUUGCACCGUGUGUCCUGGGCAGUGUCGCUGGAACACUCACUUCAACCAGAAGUACACGUUUGAGUAUGAAACAGUAAAAGAGAAACAGACCUACACACAGCUGAAGGAGCAGUAUGAGAAGGCACAUGGCAAGAUGCUCUCUAGUAAGAAUCUGUCUGAGAAGCUGCAACAGGAAUAUGAAGACGUGAAAAAGAGUUUGCUAGGUCUCAUUACUAGAUCAUCAAAGAGUCUCCAGCGCUUGCAAAAAAUUGCCCUGAAGCCCAACCCUCUCUCCACUCCAGAAUACAUCGAUCUGCUGAUCAAGUCAGAAGAGCGUGAGCUGAAGCCUGGCUACAUGGACCGAAUAGAGUCUCUCAAGGAUAUAAGGCAGCAUGCUGAAAUCAUACAGAAGAUUGCAAACAAAGAGGAUCUCUUGCCUGGAGAGAAGGCUGUGUUUGAGAACACAGAAACUCAACAUUCUCUGAAAAAAUAAGAAUAACCUAUUCAAAGAUUUACAUCUCAAGCUACGUAGGAAGAAGAUGUAACCAGUGAUUCCAAACAAGGUAGACAGUUUAACCCCAGUGUGGGUCUCAUAGAGGUUUUAAGCCUUAAGGACCCCACUUCUAACUCUCAGCUCUCUUGCAUGUUGCUCAAGUGAUAGUCGAAUGGGAUUAAUGUGCUUAGCUGUAAUUAUGACUGAUCAAGCUUUGUAUGAACCUCUGCUGCAUUAGAACUGUUAGCAGCUCUGCAGGACAGCUUGUCUGCGAUGACUGGUGUACUAAAAUACAUUAUGCCUUUCUGGUUUAUCCAAUGCUUGUUCACGCUUCAUGAAUGCAUGUGGCAAUAGUCACCCAGCUGAAUAAAAGUAGAC